AUGAAAAAAAUAAAUCAAUAAAUGCAAAAAAUAGCAGGACGUAAUAGCUUUUAAGAAUCUCCAUUAUAAUUGGAAAAGAAAACCUUAAAAAAUUCCACUAAACCUAUUAAAACUGAAAGACCUUAAUAAAAAGGGAAAACUAAAUUAAUUGAUUAUUUUAAGAAAGAAAGGAAUUCAUUAAAUUAGGCAGUUAAUAACAUUAGAGCUAAAUUGAAAGGGAGUAAAAGUAUUGAUAAUGUGUUUCCAUUAACAUAAAAAAGUGAAAGGGGAAAAACCUCAUAACCAAAUGUAAAUCAUUUAAAUAACAUAAAAUAGUAAAUUGAAUAAAGAGUAUAAACAGAUGAAGGGAAUAGUUCUAAACGAUUAAAUUUAAAAGCAAAAAAUUUAUCAUUAGCUACUGUCUCACUUGAAGUAUAAAUUAAAAUAUUAUAUUAUAGAAAAAAGAAUACUAAAAAUAACCUUCAACUACUAAAUAAUCUUACAAUUAAUCUCCAUCUAGUUAAUCAAAACCCAUUUUAACUAAAUCUAAAUCAAAAGAUCAAUAUUUAUUUGAAAUGGUAUUUAUUAAUUAUCAUAUUUAAUAGUUAAAAAAUGCUCAAAAGAUAUCAAAUCAAUAUUAACAAUACUUUAAUUUGAAGUAAAAUAAGUAAUCUAUAUAAUCAGACACUUCAACAAAUCAUAGAUAAUCUAUUGAAGAUAUGUUAUUAAGUUAAAAAUCUUCAAAAGGAUCUCCUUAACCUUAUUGUUCAAAAUUAUCAAAAAAAACAGAAGGGGAUUCCAAAUCUCUUAAUUAAGGGUAUUCUAAAACUGAAUAGACCCCUAUAAUUAAAUAGUAAUCAAAAACUAAAAUAGAAGAAUAACUAUAAUAUGAUCCUAAAAAGAAACUUCAAAUAGUUCUUAUCUAUAAAUAAACAAAGUAAAUUAUCUAUUCAACAAUUUUAGAUAUUACUAUUUAUAUGAUUAUAUAAAUUAAAGUACUGAUAACUUAUAUAAUUUUCUUAUUGAAUAAAUUGCAAGUAUAGAAUUGGCCUCAUCAAAGGUAGAAGGAGGAGGCACUGGUUCUACUGAAGAUUAACACAUAUAAGAAGGUAUAUUAAAGAUUAAUUUAGAAUUAAAUAAGAUUUGUCAAUUUAUUACAGUAUCUAAAAAUAUUCCUUAUGAUUAUUAUCUAUCAUUACCAGAGAUGCCUUUAAAUGUAUUUUAGGGCAUAACCCUCUAAUUGUAACCAUUGUAUGCUUAGUCCUAAGGCACCAAGAAAGUAGGUUUGAAAGAUUUUAUUUUGAUAAAAUGUAUAGGAGUAGGAGGUUUUUCAAGGGUGUAUUUAGUUAAAAAGAAAGAUAAUGGUUAAUUUUAUGCAUUAAAAUUAAUUGAUAAAAAAUUCAUUUUUGAUAAUGCAAAGGAAGUAAUUGUAUAAAAUGAGAGAGAUAUUAUGGUAAAAAUGGAAAAUUAGUAUAUAACAAAAAUGCAUUAUGCAUUCGAGACAAAAUUUUAUAUUGCAUUUGUAUUAGAAUAUUGUGCAGGAGGAGAAUUAUUUUAUCAUUUAAGAAAACUAAAGAGGUUAAAUGAACAAGAAGCAAAAUAUUACUUUGUAGAAAUAUGUAUAGGAAUGGCUUAUUUACAUUCAUAAAAUAUAGUGUACAGAGAUAUUAAACCUGAAAAUAUUUUAUUGGAUUUGUAAGGUCAUAUGAUGCUUAGUGAUUUUGGAUUAUCAAAACCAAAUAUGGAAGAAGGAGAAUUAGCUUAUUCAUUUUGUGGUUCACCUGAAUAUAUGGCUCCUGAAAUGUUAAUGAAAUCUGGACAUAGUUAUUUAGUAGAUUGUUAUUGUCUAGGUGCUUUACUUUAUGAACUUGUUUCUGGAUUACCUCCUUUUUAUUCUAAUAAUACUUAAGAAAUUUAUAAUGCAAUAUUGACUGAGAAUGUUUAAUUUCCAGAUUAUGUCUAGAUUUCUGAUUAAUUAAAAGAUCUAAUAAUUAGAUUACUAUAAAAGGAUCCAGAUCAAAGAUUAGGAUAAAAUGGUGGAAUUGUAGAAAUUCUAACUCAUGUCUGGUUUCAUGAUGUUGAUUUUGAAGGAAUAGUAAAUUAAACUCUUCAACCUCCUUAUAAACCAGAACCUUUAAAGUAUAAUUUUGAUGAAGAAGAAUUUAAUAAAGGAGAUGCUGAAUUCAGAAAAUAAUAUACAUUUAAUCUUUAAUAUGAAUUUUAAGUAUUUAACAACCAAUUAUAUUUGUUAGAAUGUUGAUAAUGCAAAUUAUGAAUUGGCAGAUUUUUAUUAUGAAAGACCAUAAUUAGAAUUUAAAAAUAGAACUAAUAAAGUUAAUAAGAGUAAAUUAGUUUCAGAAAUAGUUUAAAAAGAAUCAUUAUCUCCUAAUAAAUAAAUGAUAUCUAAAGUAAAGGUAAAAUAUAUAUAUAUAUAAAGCAUUCACCUUAAGAAAGUAAAAAAGUAUUAAGAACAAACAUUAAGAGUGAAGCUCUUGAUUAUUUCAAAAAACAUAAUCUUCUGACAAAAUCAUCAUAGGUUCUUUAAUAGUCCUUAAAGUUUGGUCAUGCUUAUUCAAAAACCUUAUAAUAGCCUUCUAUGUCUAUUUAAGAUCUAAAAGUACUAGAAUUUAAUUAUUAAGAAAUUAAAAUAAUUGUUUGAUCAAUCUAAAUAAAUAUUAAGUUCUGAUAGAUUGACUACAGUUCCUGAUUAAAAUAAUAAAAAUGGAUUAGAUAGAGUCAAAACUGAAUAAUUUGGUAAUUUGCCUUCUCCAAAAACUACUACUAAUAGUGCUGCAAAUAAAUUAGCUAAAUUUUCUAAGUUAUUUGGAUCAGAAAAAAGAAAAAAAUGA